AGACAAUAAUAAUAUUGUAGAGAAAAUGAGUCCAAAAAAACUGAAUAGCAUGGUUAUAGUUUUUGCCAUAUACUUGUUGAGUCAACAUGUUCAUUCUGAACUUCAAGUUGGGUAUUACAGCUAUUCAUGUGGCAUGGCCGAGUUCAUUGUAAAAGAUGAAGUCAGGAAAGCUUAUAAUAGAGAUCCUGGACUUGCUGCUGGCCUUGUUAGAAUGCAUUUUCAUGAUUGCUUCGUUAGAGGAUGUGAUGGAUCAGUGCUUCUUGAUUCUACUCCCUCGAACACAGCAGAGAAAGACUCUCCCGCGAAUAAUCCGAGUCUCAGAGGGUUUGAUGUCAUAGACAGUGCCAAGGCUAGGCUUGAAGCUGUGUGCAAAGGAGUUGUUUCCUGCGCAGACAUAGUAGCAUUCGCAGCCAGGGACAGCAUUGAGUUAGUUGGAGGAGUUGGUUAUGAUGUUCCAGCUGGAAGAAGAGAUGGUAGAAUCUCACUAGCUUCAGACACAAGAACAGACUUGCCUCCUCCAACUUUCAAUGUUAACCAACUCACUCAGCUCUUUUCGAAGAAGGGCUUAACACAAGAAGAAAUGGUCACCCUUUCAGGAGCACACACCAUUGGACGCUCUCAUUGUCUUGCUUUUAACAGCAGGCUAUACAAUUUCAGUAGUACUUCACUUCAGGAUCCAAGUUUGGAUCCCUCAUAUGCGAUGUUCUUGAAGAGGAGAUGUCCACAAGGGAACACAAACCAAAACAUUGUGGUUCCAAUGGACCCUUCAAGUCCCGGCGUCGCGGAUGUAGGGUACUAUAAUGGUAUUUUGGCGAACCGAGGUCUGUUCAUAUCUGACCAGACUCUCUUGACUGACAGCGAGACUGCUAGCCAAGUGUAUCAGCAUGCAAGGGAUCGAUACACAUGGGCAAACAAGUUUGCAGAUGCGAUGGUGAAAAUGGGUCAAAUUGGUGUCUUAACGGGUGAUGAUGGAGAGAUAAGAGAAAAUUGCAGAGUGAUCAAUAGCUAGCAAUGGGGUUUAAGUCAAGGAGGACUGAGGUUGAAGUUGCUGCUAUAUGGCGUGUUUCAUCUGGUAGUUUACAAAGCAAGCAACUUAGCUUUGCUUAUUUUUUUUUUUCUUUUCAAAUGAAUGAAAUUAUGAAAUCAUCUGUCGGUGAAUAUUAGUCCUUGUAUUGAAAUCGACAGUUUGUUACCUGUAACAAGUAAAAAACUCUACUCACUUUAUCAAAAGCCAUCGAAUCAAAGUGUGUCGCCAUCAACCACCCGA